AUGAUUUACAAGACGCUUUUACCUCCUGAUGUCUCCUACACUCCACUCGUUGUGUUCAGUGAUAUCAAGGGCACAGGGGUUCUGAACGCCUCCAUCUUAAUGGUCCUGGUGUUGGUUAACGCCGGUGGCUACGGAGGCUACGGCGGCGGUUCGGGUACAACUCACCACUACGACAACCAGAGAGCAGGUGGCUAUGGAGGUGGCUACGGCGGCGGCUACGGCGGCGGAUACGGUGGUGGCUAUGGCGGGGGCUACGGAGGCGGCUACGGACUUGGAGGAUUCGGAUACGGUGGAGGCUACGGCGGCGGAUAUGGAAGAGGUUUCAAGUACGGCGUGUCGGUGUCCCAUGGUGGAUACGGUGGCUAUCACGGAUAG